UGAAAAAAGAAUCAUUUAUAAUCAGAAGUUGUGGAAAAGCAGAGAGAGCCAGAUAGCCAGAGAGAGAGACAGAGAGAGAGACAGAGAGAGAGAGAGGGAGGGAGAGUGAGAGUGUGCGAGAUACAGGAAGAGAGAGUGUGUGUGUUCGAGAUAGAGAGGCAGAGAGAGGCUGAUCCGCUCAGCUGCACUGAUUCCCAGGUUCACUGCCUCACUGACACAAAGCUCAGCCAUCGCUCUGAUGGGCUUGUCCACCAAAAAGAAUCGCCUGCUGGGUAACAAACCACCUGAGGGCAACCGAGCUUCCUGCUACUGCUGCCGUAAUCUCUGACCACUCUAGUCCACACAGGUGACACACUCUCUCAGGUGUUCGACAUAUCUGACGCGCCACUGACGGCUAACGGAUCCCCCGUCGAUGAUGGAGGCUGGAGUCCAAAAAGGACACUAGAAGAGGCGACUUGAUGCAGGGGGCAGUGUUGACCCGAGGGGGCAGACUGGCAGAUAUGAGAGUGGUUCUGGCGUGUGCCCUUCUGUCCCUCCUCUCCUCGUCACAUGCCUGUCCAAAAGAGUGCACCUGCAACAGCAACACCAAUGUGGUGGACUGCCGUGGUCAGGGUCUAUACGACAUACCCCGUCGACUCCAUCCAGACACCGAGGAACUUUACCUCCAGGAUAACCGGAUCAGAGGACUGGGAUCCAUGGCCUUCAGGGAAAUACCAAUGGUCCGAAUUCUGGAUUUAUCCAACAACUCCAUAACAACUAUUUCACCUACUGCUUUGCUAGGUGUGAGGACUCUACAGCGCCUCAGUCUGGCCAACAAUGGCCUGAAAGACCUGGACAAAAGGAUGCUAGCACCCAUCAGAACACUGACGCACCUUGAUCUGUCACAAAAUAGCCUAUGGGGUUUACCGGCAACUUUUGGGGAAAGUUUGACCAACCUCAGUCACCUGGGACUGGCUCACAACAAGAUGACGCGGUUGGACCGUUCCCUGCUCGAGUCCAUGAGCCGUCUGGACAGUCUCACUCUACGAGGAAACUCCUGGAAGUGCGACUGUCAGCUCAUCGGCCUAAAACUUUGGCUGGAAACCUACGUCUUUAAAGGUGGAGUGUUGGACGAGGUGCUGUGCUCCCAGCCUGAAGAAAUGAAGAAAAAAGACCUGCAGAAAAUCCCCUACCAGCUCUUCAGCGCCUGCAUGACAACAAGCUACCACUACCUGUUCGCCAACAUCCAACACCUGGAGGCAGAGAGACUCCUCAGAGGCUCUGCCCAUGGAAACCAGGCUUUUCACGUCCCUGUGGUUGUGGGUGAGGGCUUUGAAGGUGGCAAUGCAGGAGGAGGAGGAGGGACAGGAGGAGGGGCAGGAGGAGGGGCAGGAGCAGGUACUGUGCCUGAGUGUGAGAGUAAGCAAAAACCACGGCCUGUCAACUUGCGGCACGCCAUCGCUACUGUCAUCAUCACCGGGGUAGUGUGUGGUAUUGUGUGUCUGAUGAUGCUGGCGGCCGCUGUGUAUGGCUGUGCCUACGCUGCCGUCAUGGCCAGAUACCAACGGGAGCUAAAGAAGAACGAGGAGUUGGUUGCUGUGCAGGCGGCAGACAGUGCAUCACUGGAUGAAAAAGAACCUUUGGAGAACGCUAUUGCCUGAGAAAGGUUUAAGAAAAAAAAAAAAAGAACAGUGGACUUCUAAAUAACCUCAACCCUUUAACCUGAACCCCUUCUGGAGGCCAUUUGUGUUUGUUCAUGUAUGUUUAACAAAAGGAACACACUGUAAUGAGUGGAAAUAUUUGACAUGUUUCGUGUUUCGCCUCAUUUCUCAGACUGGUAGCUAACAUUAAUGGGUAUUUGACUAUGCACUGAUCACAGUAUCUUUUACCAGAGUUGUGCUCAAAUGGUGGGUCUUGACCUAAAGGUGGUUCUUGGGGCCUGAAAUCAUGGACCGAUGAACCCAGACAAUAUUGUAUAUGUGGUUUUCUUGUGAUACACCUGGGAGGAUUUGGCCAUUAUUUAUGUUCUUCCUAACUUAAUGUAUAAAGAAGGUUAUUUCUACAGGAAAAAAAUACUUAAAAUGGUUUGGUCUACUUCCAGUACAGCUUAGCCUACAAGGGUAGGAAUAAUUUAAUUGAAAUUCUUAGCCAUUUAUUCCACCUCUUGCAUUAAACUACCUAUUUAGGCAACAUGAUUGAGUAAAAUUCAAACCUUCAUGGAACCAAAAUAAAGAGACCAAACACUCAGGUAAAAUAUAAAGUACUAAGGCUAUACCAUUUGAGAACUACUCUUCUGUAUAUGUGAGUUUUUUAUGGAGACGCCAAAGAUAUAUAUAUAUAUAAAUAUAUUUGAAUUCCAUUCUGUCCUAAUGCAUAUUAUAAAAAAGAAGAAAUUUAUUUAUAUUUAUAACUCUGUAUUUGUAAAUAGAGAGUAGUCCAGUCUAGUACAACUUGUACUAGUCAAGUCCUUAGUAGGAGUAGAGAUGGGUAAUAACGUUAUAGAAUUGAUCAUCUUUCUGGUUUUCGGUCCUGAUUUACAGUCUGUGACAACUUGUAGUGAGCAGCUAAUGUUGUGUUGUAGUUUGUGUUUCCUUUGUCCCUGAGUGUGUGACGUUUAGACAGACCUGAUUAAUACAACAGGUAGAACAGUUAUGUUAAAAUAGAUAACAAAGCAGAAGACUUAAUAGAUAAGACCUAUAGUGAUAUAUAAACAAUAUUAUAUAUCACUACAUGACAUUUUGGUGAAAGUGACUUGGCACAGGACAGUAUAUAGAACAAGAUAAGUUUUACAAUGGGAUCAGAGCUAACUUUGAUUCCAAUGUCUUUGGUGUAAAAGAGCUGCUGUCUUGACAUAAUCAAGACAAAUUAACGUGUCAGUCUUCAAGCUACCACAGAACACCCAACUUUUAGUGUUUUGUUUGUUCUUUUGUAUUCGACGUACUGAAGCAAUUUCAUAUUAAAAGCACAAGCGAUGGUAAGCUGCACUAAACUGGGGCUGAACUUAUGAUUCCUACAUGCACAUUUAUAGAGAACUUUAGUCUGUUUGUCAUAAAACGUAAAAGUAUUUGUAUGUAGGAUUUUAUGGAGAGGUUAAAGACAGGAUGAAAACUGAUCAAAGCAAUAAUGGAACGGGACAAAAAUAUGAAGUCGUACCAUGGACUCGUGGACACACAAGCACACACUAAUGACGUGACUCUGUAUGUGAGUGGAUGCUGGUUACAUAACCAUACUCAUGUCCUCCAGUAUGUAUUAUAUAAAAGUAAAUAUUUGAAUUUAUUACUGUAUGUUAACUGAUGCCGACAGUGACAAUCUACUGCUAACACAACAGUCUUUAAAUGGAGAAACUAUUGUAAUAAAAGAGGGUUAUUUUGUUCA